CACACUCUCUCUCUCUCUCUCUCUCUCUCACACACACACACACACACUUUCUCUCUCUCACACACACAUACACACACACGCACACACUCUCUCUCUCUCUCGUGUCAUAUUCGCAGGGAGUACGGUUAGUAAAAGCGGCAGCGUCACCGGUCGGAGCAGCGUCGAGCGGUCAGGGAGAAGAAGGAGCGCGCGCUCUCUCUCUCUCUCUCUGUCUCUCUCCAACUUCAUCAGGACCAGCGACUAGAGGAUGCUUUUCAUGCCAAAGCUCUGAGGAGCGGAGAGACAAGAUCGAGCCGAGAGCAGAGGAGACCCCGACGGCCUUGCGACUCACGCUCUUCAUCGCCUUACAAAGACGUGAAGAUGGAUUCUGAAGGAGAUGAGAAUCGUGCUGAGCGAUGCAACGGUAAUGCUAUUCCGCCUGACUGCAUCAUCGACACGCACAGCCUGCACCUCUCUGCGACGAGGAAGAGGAGCGCGGCCGAAGGUGCCCGUGGCACGCCGGUUAACAAGAGGAAGUCUCUGCUGAUGAAACCGCGCCACUACAGUCCCAGUGAAGAGGAGGAGGAGGAGGAUGAGGAGGAGGAGGAGGACCAGGAGGAGGACCUGGCAACUGCUCAGGACAAAGACGCACCCAGGAACAUUGACACUCCAGCAGAUGACGACUACGACUGCCUUGACUACAGAGAGAAAUCUUACGGCUCGUUGUCGUGGUCUGAACGCACCAGCCUGAGUUCUCCCGAACCUUCCCAGAAUGGAUGCGAUGAGAAAUGGCUUGAUAAAGACCUUUGUGAGAAAAGUCCAGAAAAAGGUCCCGAGCGAGAGGAAUGCGGAUGGAUUAGUCCUCGGCCUCUGACCGCGCCCGGCGCCACCUGCCCGAGCCCUAACUCCGCUGAUGAAGCCCGGCCCGAGAAACACUUUGGAUUUCAGCUCCCCGUGUAUGUAAGUCACGCUGCCAGUGGGUUCCUGAUGGAUGAUUUUGCCUACUCGAGGGAGGUUAGCGACAAUGAAGAUGAGGCCCAGUUGCCCAAGCUGGACGACCCGUUUGGAGGCUGGGCGCUGGGUAUGGAGCGGGCACGGCUCAACCUGGGCCUCCUGGAGCAGGCCAUGCACAGGCAGCUCCUCCAUGGUGCCUACAGGGAAAUGGACCGCUUCCUGUUGGAACGGGUCAACCAAGAACGGAGACAAAUGGACGCUCGUGCUGUCUACCAUAACAACAAAGACUCGCUAAGAACAGAUAAGAAAGACAUCAAAUGUCCGACGCCCGGGUGUGACGGGACGGGUCACGUGACCGGACUGUACCCACACCACAGAAGUCUGUCAGGAUGUCCCCACAAAGUCCGAGUGCCUCCUGAAAUUCUAGCCAUGCACGAAAAUGUGUUGAAGUGCCCAACCCCAGGAUGCACUGGAAGAGGUCACGUCAAUAGUAACCGCAGCACUCAUCGGAGCUUGUCUGGCUGCCCGAUUGCUGCGGCAGAGAAAGUUUCUAAACCCCAAGAUGAGCUGUCCAAGUGUAGACAAACUUCAGACAAGAUGGCAAGACCUUUGGUUCAAAUGAAGAAGUUUGACUUCGGGCCGCUCGCCUACCAGUUUGCCCAUCCCGUGACCGCCUUUCAUUCCGGCAUGGCCAAAGAUAUGGACAAGUACAGCAAGGGCCAUUUCGACUACGCCAGCUUCGAUGCUCAGGUGUUCGGCAAGCAGACCCAGAUGGUGUCUGAUCAGAACCAGGAGGCCUCGCACCCCCAUGACUCCUCCCCACAAUUCCCCUGUUUCCUGGCAGCCGGUGGUCGUGUGGUGAAACCCGGUGGGCAAAGCCCAAACCAACCCCAAGCCCCGGGUAGCGUCCUUCAGUCAGGUACGGCGUCCAGCGCCAUCCUCAACCUCUCUACCCGUUACCGGGACAACAGCGAUGCCCGGCCACUGGCAUCGUUCACAAAGGACUGUGUGAUUGAAGUAGAUGAGAAUGGUACUCUGGACCUGAGCAUGAAGAAGAAGAAGGAGAAGACCACGGACCACUCGCCGGUCAUGCCCGCGUUAGGAGAAGCCGUGUUCACUCCUCCUGAACCCUCACUAGGCAAAGUCGGAGGCCUCCAAAUUUCCACGGCCUUCUUCCGAGCCGUGUACGAGCAGGAGGGCUGGGACACGCCCCUGAAUUUCAGCAAAGCGCCGCUUCAGCAGGACAAAGAUAUGGAGCAGCUGGAUAGGAUGUCGCUCGAGGAUAAAGUCUUUGCCGGAGAUGCAAGCAUGACCAGCGCCAAGAACAAGAUGCUCAUACGAGACACCAAGAAAGAACUGAUGAGCUGUCCAACACCUGGUUGUGAUGGGAGCGGCCAUGUGACAGGAAAUUAUGCAUCGCACAGAAGUGUAUCUGGAUGUCCGUUAGCCGACAAGACCCUUAAAUCUCUGAUGGCUGCUAAUGCACAGGAAUUGAAGUGCCCAACCCCUGGAUGUGAUGGUUCAGGUCAUGUUACAGGAAACUAUGCAUCCCACAGAAGUUUGUCAGGCUGUCCUCGCGCCAGGAAGGGCAACCUGAAGCUCACUCCGAGCAAAGACGAGAAGGAGGAGCCAGACAUUAAAUGCCCUGUAGUGGGCUGUGAUGGGCAGGGCCACAUCUCGGGGAAAUACACCUCCCACCGCAGUGCUGGCAGCUGCCCCGUUGCUGCCAAGCGGCAGAAGGAGCUGAACGGCAUGGCCUUCUCCUGGAAAAACUGCAAGCAGGAGCUUCCUCACUGCCCUCUGCCCGGCUGCAACGGUUUGGGCCAUGCCAACAACGUGUUUGCCACACACAGGAGUUUGUCAGGUUGUCCACUAAACGCUCAGAGCAUCAAGAGGAAGCUCUCGGGAGACGAGAUGAUGACCAUCAAACUGAAAACCAGCAGUGGCAUCGAGAGUAGUGAGGACAUGCAGCAUUUGGAUCACGAAAUCAAGGAGCUCAACGAGUCUAAUUUGAAAAUAGAGGCCGACAUGAUGCAGCUUCAGACGCAGAUCUCGUCCAUGGAGUGCAACCUUAAGACCAUUGAAGAAGAGAACAAGAUGAUCGAGCAGCACAAUGACAGCUUGCUGAAGGAGCUGGCGCGGCUCAGCCAAGCCCUCAUCAACAGCCUUACUGACAUCCAGCUACCGCAAAUGGGUCCAAUCAACGAGCAGAAUUUCGAAGCCUACAUCAAGACUUUGACGGAUAUGUACAACAAUUCAGAACAGGAGUAUUCGCCAGAAUGCAAGGCCUUGUUGGACAGCAUCAGACAGGCCAUUAAGGGAAUCCAUGUAGAAACAGUCUGCUCGCCGUGAUAUAUUGUAUUUGCGGACAAGCAAUAUCUCUGGACGGCGUUUAUUCGUUUUGUUUGUUUGGGUGGCUGGCUUCAAACCAUGUGCAAGAAAUAACUUAUUCUUAAAAAUAAAUAUAUUCCAUGUAUUGUACUGAUAAACGCCGGCCACGUUUUAUUUUACUGGCGUAUUUUGCUGAGAUUCUUAACACCCCUUUGCACAUAUUUAUUUAAUUUGCCUGACUUGUUUGUUUCGUUGUGUAUUUAAACUUAUUGCUGAUAUUUAUAAUUCGUUUUAUUUAUUGUCCUUACUCAUCGAAAAUAAUUUAUCAAACACUAAUAUAUUUUAUUUAUUGUCCGUGUUGACUGUUGAUCACUGUUGCGCACUUCAGCUCUUUGUUUUAUUUGGUAGUUUCUGUUGUUGUUGUUAAAUAACUGUUUAUUUGCUUCGGUGACGUUUCUUUUAGCGAUGAACGAUGUCAACAGGAAUAAUGACACUAUUGCACCACCUAGUGGCCAAAAUCCUCUUACUGCACCAUGCCAGGAUCACUUUUUUUUUCCUUCCUGAAUGUAUUGUGUGUUGAAUCUUGGGAUCAAAUUGGUAAUCUUAAUAACUAGUGAGGCCAAAACAGUUUCAUUAAACCGCACUCCCGAGUUCCAAGCAUCAAAUCGAAGAGACACAAAUUGCUCCCUGAAAUUUAUUUCCGUCGAUAUGAACUGCCUUUCGUGUGCACACCGUCGUCGUGUGUGCAUAUAUGUGCCUAUAUGUAAAUGAGUACAUGGAAUAUAUUAUGUUUUGUGGUAGAGCAGUAUUACGUGACUGGUGAUUCCUUUACUAUACAGCAUAUUUAUUUUUUUUUCCAAAAGAAAAAUGCCUAUAACUCUGUUUAGCUAAUGAUUAUAUGCCAUUUGAAGUAUGUAAUUAUAUUGUCGUAAUAUCGAUCGAGUGUUUAAUCUUUUACAAUGAGUUUCCUCCAAGCUAAAGCACAAACCUAAAAACAAAAAAAAGCGAAAGAUUUUUUUUUUUUAAUGAAAGAUUUGCAUAAUUGAAAUGGGCGAUGGACAACCGAUUGAAGUUUUCAUUCAUCUAAACGGUUAUUACCGACGAAAAGCUGUGCUGCAACUAUUUUUCACAAAAAUUAAGUUUUAUGAGGAAAAUUUUACCAAGUAAAAAUAAAAAAGUUUAGCAAGUAAAAAUGUAAAAAUAAAAAUCCCCUUGCGUCUUUCCACGUAUAAAUCUAAUUUCUUUGAAAUUUGAGUAUCAUGGGAUACAGAUAUACUAUUUUACAGAGAUGGCCAUGACAUUUUAUGCUUUACAGAUUUUUAUGGGCAAAUAUUCAUACACCUUAAAAUUUAAAUCUAGUCGUCUUCAGACAGCCACGACUAAAAGGGGGAAAAAAAAAAUUAAAAAAUAAAAAUGUACAGGUUCGACCAAAUCCUACUGUAAUGUACUCUUAAUCAGUCGGAAUCAAAUUCUUUCAAAUGAAGUGUAAUUUGUAAUUAUGUUAUUUGUAAUUUCUAAUAUUUAAUUUAUAAACCACACAUUGUUUGCUCAGGAACUUUUGUGAGGACUAUUCCUGUUUGUAUUUGAUGUUUUGUAAUGUGAACUGAACUGGAAUUUUUUUUUUCCUGUGUAAUAAUAUUAGUAUAAAUCGCUGUACUGUAAAUUAUUGUUUCCUUUUUUUUUUUUUGUUUAAAGCGAUUUUUUUUUCCAGUUAAAGUAGUUUCUAUAUCAAAGUUUCUUUACACUUUUACUAUUUCAUAAGCAGUAAUGCGCUGUGUUGUACAGUUUGUGUAUGGUAGAAAUAAACUAUUUAAGGAUCACAGAUUGU